AUGGACUCUUUUAAGAUGGUGAACUUUGCCAUCAACGACGAAGAGAACUAUUCAAAUUCCUAUCUCGCAACCUUGUUUUCAAACGGGAAACCAUUGAAUGUGAAGAUGGGAUACUCUCCACUAGGCUCACCAGAGAAUCUGAAAAGUGACAUUCUUAAGAAUCCUGUUGUCGUAGAGACAGCAGAGAAACUGGGGAAGACACCAGCUCAAGUGGCCCUUCGGUGGGGAUUGCAAUCAGGUCAUAGUGCAGUCCAAAUCAUCUUGAGUCCAAUAGUAGUAGCCAGAUGGCACGGUAUUGCUUCGUGGACUUGGGAUGCCCAGGAUGAAACGUGUGGGAUCUGUAGAAUGGCCUUUGAUGGAUGUUGUCCAGACUGUAAACUUCCAGGGGAUGACUGCCCUCUGAUUUGGGGUGUAUGCAAUCAUGCGUUUCAUUUGCACUGUAUCCUGAAAUGGGUUAAUUCUCAAACAUCACAAGCGCAUUGCCCCAUGUGCCGUCGUGAAUGGCAGUUUAAAGGAUAAGAGCAUUGGCUUUUUCCCUUAAAGGUGACUACUCAACAUUGUAAAUGUGGUCUUGUUAAUUUGAAUUUACUUCAAUUUUACCAUGCAUAUUAAUGUACUGGGUUGUGAUUAGUGUUUUAUUGUGCCUCUUCAUGCGUUGAAGGGUUCUUAUUUAUAUUUAGUUAUUCCUUUUUAUCAUGAUUAU